AAGAAAAAAAAAACAUAAAAAAAACAAGGCUUUCCAAGAAAGAUUCUGAGAAACCCCAACCCCAACCGCCCCCGCGCUUUCUCUCUCGCUCGUGGUCGCGUCGCGGGCAGCUGACUUGGCCAAGAAGAAGCUAGCCUAUCACAACUCUUCUCGAGCUUAUUAAGAAGGCGCUCGCCGCGAGUGCGCCACGCCCAGAAGCCUCUGCCUCGCCGCGACCGCGAACGCGGAGCGCGCGCCCCACACGGAGACGACGCGGCGGCCGCGGCGCGAACGCGCCCUGCAGGUUUGCUCGCGUACGCCGGUGUGGCGGGAUGAUGGACGUCAUGGACACCGAGGAGGCGGUUCACCUCGUGGUCGUCGGGGUGGUGGCCGUGGGGGCGGUCGUCUUCCUCCUCGCCGCCGCCGCCUCGGGGGCGUGCGGUUGCGCCGCCGCGUUCCCGGCCGCCCGGUGGAGGAAGAGGGCGCAGGUGGGCGACGACGACGACGAUGUCGAGAGCGCGCUCGGGGGCGCCACCACGGUCACGACGUACGAGCAGGCGGCGGCGGCGUCGUCGUCUUCGCCGGCGGCAGGGGCAGCGGCGGAGGGAGCGGACACGUGCGCGAUCUGCUGUCAGGAAUACUCCGGCGCCGACAAGGUGCGGCGGGUGGUGCGGUGCAGCCAUUUCUUCCACGCGGGGUGCGUCGACGGUUGGCUCCGGGAGAAGCGGAAUUGCCCGCUGUGCCGCGCCGUGCUGUCGUCGUUGCCGCCGCUUCCCAACCCUGGCUGCCGCCGCGGACGAGCCGCCCCGCCGUGUCCGCCGCCGCUGCCGCCACCGUUGUCGUCGGCUAAUUACUUAUCAGGAUUUUGCAGAUCUCAUUUUGUUUUGGAUUAUUGAGGCCGGUAGAGGAUUACGAGCUAGAGACAGAGUGAGCUGAACUUGGGCACGUCAUUUCCCGGGUGAAAUUAUUGGCGUCAAAGUUUUCGAUUUCUUCUCUACAUUUUCUUUCCAAUUGUAAUGCUUUAAUUUUGCAUCAAUCGUGUGAAAUUUUCAAUUCCCCAAUAUUUAUUAUUCCUACUGUCUCCUUAA